AUGCCACAGCUCGUGCUGCGCCCGUAUACGAAGAACCGCUCGUGCAACCCGCUCGAGCACGCCGAGGAGUGGCGCGUCAUGGUCGCGAACGGCGGCGCCAUCACCGACGACCGCUUCACGCAAGAGAUGCUGCAGCAGCGCAUGAGCGAGCUCAACACGCAGUUCGAGGCGUAUUCGAAGCGCAUCUACAAGCGGAUUUUCCUCUUCGUGCAUCUGCCCAUGCUGCUGCUGCUCACGUGCCUCAUCGGGUCCUGCAUCGUGCUCAUCGCGCUCGGCAGCAACCAGUCGGCGCUCGACCGGCGCAUGUACGGCAGUGUCUUUGGCCGCGUCUUCCCGUACAUUGCCAUCGCGGUUACUGUCUUCCGCAACAUCCAAUCGGGCUUUAUCGAGACCGUCAACUACAUGAACGUGCGCGACGAAGUGUACGAGGUGCGCUGGAGCUACGUCAUGGCGCAGAACACGUCGUACUUUUCGCGCGACGCGAGCCAGUUUGGCGCGAUUCUAAUCACGCGCGGCCCGCCGCCGCCGCAGCCGCCCGUCCAAAUCGUGUACACCUGCAUGUAUUAA